AUGGACGCAGUGCUACCAGAGGAAACUCUCUGUGAAAUCUUGUCAUACAGCAUACUAGUCUCUCAUGCGGAGUUUUUCCGAUUUCGCAAACACUACCGAUGCCUCGUCCCUCGAUCAAAAUCCCGCUGCGGCGACCUUCUUCUCGUCUCCAAACGCUGGUUCCGCAUCGGCACCCCGCUGCUCUACGAAUGCGUCAAGCUCUCGAAGCCAGAGCAUACCACCGCUGUUGCCAACAUUUUACGUGCGCAUCCACACGUUGGCUCGGCUGUGCGGUGCCUCAGGCUCGAAGGCGGGCUCGGGAAGGACCUCAUGCACAUCGCCAAGCUUACCCCGAAGCUGCAUAGCAUAUACCUCAGUCUUAGGGUCAAAUCCGUUGACAGUAUCACAGGACUGAAAAGGGCAUUCCCUCUGCUUAAUCCGGUGAACCUGUAUAUCGAGCACGAGGGCUACAAGGAGAACAAGAAGAUAGCCGAAGCCAGAAGACUCCUGUAUACGCACGUCACAAAUGUGUGGACAUCUUUGCGAUCCUUGACAUUAUCCGACUGGCUCUGCCUCAGCAUGGGUCAUCAACUGGCUAAUGCGCUUGCCGAGUCGUCCAUCGAGGAAUUCUGCUGCCUGAUCUUCGAUGCAGAUAGCUGGAUCACUGGAGGCUCAAUGAAGAGAAUCUUUGAGAAUUCGCAGUUGCAGCGUGUCGUAUGCCGGGGGCCCUUGUCAUGUGAAUCGAUAAUACGGUGGAGUCUCCGGAUGAAUAACUUUCCUGCCGCGAAUAUCCAGAAGUUCACCUUUGUCUCCGAGACGACGGACGGCAUAGCUAACCUGUUGCUGCCAGCCUCGGACGACGAGUCAGACGAUGAAGAAGGGUUCACCUUGCAAUCCGACAGUUCAGCAGUGUGAUAUGACCUGCACGGACCAAUUUCUUGCCACAUACUACAGUCCAAUACGUCAUUGCACAGCGCACGAUCCGUUAUACAGCUUUACGCUUGUUUUAUCUUACUAUUUU